GUCUCUUCAAAUACGUAAAAUGCAUCAUCUCUCUAAUCAUACGGAAAGCAGGAGAGCCCGAAGACAGUGAGACGUCUCUCUCUCUCUCUAAUCAUAAGCUAAUCAGGACAGCCCGAAAACAGUGAUAGCUCGCUCUCUCUCUCUCUCGUGCGAGGGUGAUUCGUCUCUUCGUCAUAACCAGCGCUUCCGGAGCCGACACUUGCAACGGUAUCCUGUGGCGAUCGGGCUGUCUUCUCAUGAGCCACUUUGCGAACGGGAGGAGAGGAGGAGGAGGCUUGGAUCUGGAGCUCCGCCGCACCCGCCGGAAAUGAUGAGGCCAUCCAUGAAGCACCGAAGGAGAGCCGGCGGAGGGCGGUCUUGGGCGAGGGGCUCCUCCGCGUCGCCCUCGUGGUUCCUCCUGUUCGCCUUCCUCUGCUGCGCCCUCUUCGCCGCUGUCGCCUUCUCCACCUUCCGAAUCUUCGGAGUGUCAUUCCGCCCGGUGCUGAUGCUCCCAACAUGGCAGAACUCGGCCAUCAAUGCCAUGGCCACCGACCACCCCUUCUUCACCUUCGCCGCCACCAAGAAUCGCAGUGACAACCCUCCUUCCGUCCGUAUCGAAGAAGUCAUCUCCUUCCCGGAUCAAGUCCUCCUCUUCCUCCAAUUUCCCGGCUCCCUCCCUAGAUCGGACCUUGCUUGCCUGUACUAUCCCCCAAGCAAUCCCACCACCACCAUAUCCUCCUCCUCCUCCUCCUCCUCCUCUUCCCCUGUUGCCCAAUUCCAUCUCCCCGCCACCAUCCCGUCUCCCCUGCCUUCUUUCGUCCGCUGCCCCCUUGCGCCCCGUGGCUUCUUCGUUUCCCUAUCCCCUGACCUCCCCCUGUUCCAACCACGGCCAUGGGACCAUCUCGUCUACGCCGCCAUUCUCGAUCCUCAUGACAACUCCUCCAUUGUCUUUGCCAAAGGCUUCAACCUCCGUCCCGCCCGCCUCGCCGACCCCUCUCGCUAUGAGUGUGUAUACGGCUGGAACUUCGCGAAGCCCAACUACUUCAUGACCUCUCCUGUCCUCACAGCAGCCCAGGAAAUCAUCCGUUGCCCCACCCCACACAGCAUCCUCCUCCGCCUCCGCAGCCAUGCCGUCCUGAAUCCUCCCUUGGUAUCGGUCAAGACCAAGGGCCGCGGUGCCGUCACCCUCCCCUCUGUUGCCCACCAUGAGAUCCUCUCGCCGAGCAGAAGGCAGGGCCGGCACACCAUGUGCGUGUGCACGAUGGUGCGCAACCAAGCCAGGUUCCUCCCGGAGUGGAUCAUUUACCACUCACGCCUCGGCGUCGAACGGUGGUUCAUCUACGAUAACGACAGCGAUGAUGACACAGAGCAGGUGCUCGAGUCCAUGGACGCGUCUUCCGAUUACAAUGUCACCCGCCAUUUGUGGCCCUGGGUAAAGACUCAGGAAGCAGGCUUUGCACACUGUGCUCUUCGUGCCAGAGGUCACUGCCGGUGGGUCGGAUUCAUCGACGUAGAUGAAUUCUUGUACCUUCCUACGAACGUCACACUGCAUGAUGUUCUUCGGAACUACUCGAGAAAGCCUCGGAUCGGAGAGCUCCGGAUAGCAUGCCACAGUUUUGGACCUUCAGGGAGAAGAACUGUGCCAUCGGAAGGCGUCAUGGCGGGCUACACAUGUAGGCUGAGUGCGCCUGAGCGGCACAAGUCGAUUGUUCGUCCGGAGGUACUGAAUCCUUCUCUGAUCAAUGUUGUGCACCAUUUCCAUUUGAAAGAUGGGAUGAGAUACGUGAACAUGGAGAAGGGACUUAUAGUGAUCAACCACUAUAAGUACCAAGUGUGGCAAGUGUUCAAGGAGAAGUUUUAUCGGAGGGUGGCCACCUACGUUGUGGAUUGGCAGAUCGAGGAGAAUGUGGGAUCGAAGGACCGGGCACCGGGUUUGGGAACAAAGGCAGUAGAGCCAUCGGAUUGGCCAAGCAGAUUUUGUGAGGUUCAUGACACAGGACUCAAGGAUUGGGUUUCUGUGGCUUUCGCCAAUCCACGAACUGGCCUUCUCCCAUGGCAGAAGGGGGAAGAAUUUGAUUUGAUUCAUCACUUUGAUACAUAGAAGGUAGAUGAUGAGAAACAAGGGGGAAAAGAGGGUUUUGGCCAAUUGUCGAAGGUCGAUGAGUCUUCUCCCAUGGCAGAAGGGGGAAGAAUUUGAUUUGAUUCUUCGCUUUGAUACAGAGAAGGUAGAUGAUGAGAAACAAGGGGGAAAAGAGGCUUUUGGCAAAAUUGUUGAAGAUGGAGACAAUACAGCGCCUUGCAAUGAUACAAGGGAUGAAUCGAAUGGAAGCUUAGCGGUGCCACUCUGUUCAUUUCACUCACAUGAGCUGCAUUGGCAACAAUCCCAUGAGUCUGGAAAUUCUCAGUUGUGCAUGCAUAUUUGCAUUUACAAACUUCUGAUGAAGAUCCACGGACCAAACCACUCUUGCCUUCUUUACUGUGGAAGGAUCAUUGAGCUCUUGGUCAACAAACUCUUUGUUGUCAACAUCCUUCCGUUUCCUCAUGGAGCUCAUCUCAGUUUCAUCUAUCAGAUGUCUGUCUUCAAUA